GCUGUAAAGAGACCAACAGUUGUCUGGUGAAACAGGUUCGGACGGUCGACUCAUGAACCUCUCAAACACUGGGAGCAGUUUCCCAACAGCUGUGUAUCGGGACAAUUUAACCACAGCUAUAAUCAAGAAUGGGAUCACUGUGGUUCUCUGCAUCUCCAUCAACUAUGUCAACAGUACCCUGGUGUACACCUUCUCAAAACAUCAGGUUUUCAACGUGAACCCUCGCUACAUCCUGUACAUCCACCUGGUGAUCAAUGAUAUCAUCCUGCUGAGUCUGUUUACCCUCCUUCAGGUCCUGAUUUACAUCGUGUACACUCUUAACGUCUCUCUAUGUAUAGUCCUGCUAAUGAUUUCUACAAUUGUAAGUCUAAACAAUCCCCUAACAUUAGCAUUUAUGGCAGUAGAGUGUUACAUCGCCAUAUGCUACCCUCUCCGCCACACCCAGAUCUGUACAGUCAGGAAAACGUAUGUUGUGAUCGGUCUGAUUUGGGCAUUAAGUAUACUCUCCAUCCUACCAGAUUUGUUUGUGGCCUUGGCAACAGAAUCCCUUGAAUUCUUUCAUUCCAGAGUUUUUUGUCUAAGAGACAUUGUUUUUAGAGACCCUAAGCUGACAGUGAAGAGAGACGUUACCCACGCAGUGUUUUUGGUCAUCGUUUGGCUCACCCUAGUCUACACAUACUUCAGGAUCCUGUUCGCUGCGAAGGCAGCUGCCACAGAUACCAAGAAAGCGAGGAACACUGUCCUCCUCCACGGCUUCCAGCUGCUGUUGUGUAUGCUCACCUACGUUUUUCAUGUCAUAAUACAGGGUCUGACAUACCUGUUACCAAAGGAGGGGCUGACCAUUCGCUUUGCUGUCUCGAUUUUUAUUCAGGUUCUGCCUCGACUCAUCAGUCCGGUUGUUUAUGGGCUACGAGACAAGACAUUCAGAAAUUACCUUAAACGAUAUCUGCCCUGUUCAACUAGUGCUAACAUUCAUCCACAAACAACUCUAAAGAGGGCAUGAAGUAGAGGCGCAUCGAUUGACCGGCUAGUGACCGGAAAUGGCAGAUUUUCACGUGAUAGACCAUGAUCCGGACACAUGCCAAUUUUAUGCUGCACUAGCAGUUUGUCUGUGUUGUAGUGGCAACCAGUAGCAACAUGCACAUUCAUGAGCUUCUUUCUUGUGUCUCUUACAAUAAUAGUUUGUUCUCUUAAUACAUCCAUGGUAAACGUAGAGAUCUCAUGAACUCGCCGUUUCAUUGUCAUCAAAAAUGCUGUUUCUGAGGUAAAACCCAAUAAUGCAGAGGAAUUGUGGGAUGUAGUUCAAUCGUCCAGGGCUGGAAUAACUGUUCACAGGUGCCAGAAGUUGGUCAACUCCAUGCAACAUGGAUGUGAAGCAGUUCUCAGAGA